CCGCUGGGCGAUUUCUUCCACAGGCGAUCCCGCAGGUAUAAGGUGGUGCUGGGGGAGUACAACCUCAAUGUCAAGGAAAGCCCUGAGCAGCACGUGCCCAUCAACUCCAAAGACAUCUUCGUGAAUCCCAGCUGGAACCCCAGCUGUGUGGCCUGCGGCAAUGACAUCGCACUACUGAAACUCUCCCGCCGGCCACAACUGAACGACAAAGUCGGACUGGGCUGCCUUCCCGAGCCAGACACCGUCCUGCCCAAUGGAUACUCUUGUUACAUCACCGGCUGGGGACGUAUUUCCACUGGAGGGCCUCUGCCGGCCAAGCUGCAGCAGGCUCUGCUGCCCGUGGUGGACUACGACCACUGCAGGAAGCCUGACUGGUGGGGAGGCUCCGUCAAACGUAGCAUGGUCUGCGCUGGGGGAGACAUCAAAUCCGGCUGCAACGUAAGUGGGUGCCUGGAAGGAGGAACGCCGCCGGGCACAGUCUCUUCUCCUUAAAUUUGACGGGCUUUGCCUG